AAAAAGCAGAACAGUAUAGGUCAAAGGUCGUUUGCAUUCGGAACUUUAGCUGAGUGCAUGAAGUCCUUGGAUGUAUAUGUUGAAAAAUUUGUUCCGACUCUUUUGCAAUUAUGGUUAACUGGUGCCAGAGAUUCGUGCGAAGAAGUUAGAAACAAUGCAAUAUUUGGCCUUGGAGAGAUGAUAUUGUAUGGAAAAGAUAAGAUAUUUGGCAACUAUACAGAAAUAUUACAAGCUCUUUCGUCUGCUGUUGCUAAAGAAGCACAUGCUGGUACCUUAGAUAAUAUAUGCGGUGCUAUAAGUAAAAUGAUUUUGGUGAAUCCUAAUGGAAUACCUCUACCUCAGACGAUGUGCCAAGAUACUGAUCUUGGAGAAGCUGUAGAGAGUAAUGAUGAGGAUGCCGAGGCAGAACACGACGAAAUAUUAUUAGAGUCUGCAGGCGACGUGAUUCCUAAAUUUGCAUCAGCAUUAGGUCCAACGGAAUUUGUUUCGUAUUUUCCAAACAUAUUGCAACUGAUGUCUAUAAGAACG